AAUAUUCAGCUAGCGCACAACGAUUUCAACCUAAGCCAAGCCUCCGCCACCAUGGCCGACGCUCCCCGGUCACCACCUCGAUCCCGCCUAGGCCGUGCAGCAGCGUCAAGAGCCGUCGGGUCCCUGCUCAAAUGGAUCCGAGCCCAACGAAAUUCUAAUAACAUCGCCGCCGCUGGCCACGACGAUUCCAUCUACCUUAUCCUCACCCUCACCAAAACCCCACACAAGGUCCACUCCAAACCCUACCGCAUUCCCCUUCCACAUCCUAUUCACGACCCUUCUACUGUCUCUCUCAUUCUCGACGAUCGCCCGAACUCCCUCCUCACCCUCUCCGCCGCUCGCGACCUCGUCCGCUCUCUCUCCAUCCCUAUCUCACAAAUCCUCUCCCUCUCCGAUCUCCGCUCUGGAAUCCUUCCCGGCGGUGAACUUCUAUUUGUGGACCGCCGCAUCGCUAGGCUUCUACGUAGCUUUGACAAGAAGGGGAAGAACAAGAAGAGUAAGAGGAGUAUGCCUGUGGAGGUAGAUUUCACGCGGAAGGUGUGGCCGGAAUAUGUGAGACGAGUGUGCUUCUCGACGGUGCUUAAUCUCGGCUCCGGUACGUGCUGCGGCAUUAGGGUGGGGAGAGCGUCGCAGGGAAGCGAUGAGAUUGUUGACAAUUUGAUGGCGGCGGUGGAUGGGGCGGUCCAGAAUGUUCCACGGAAGUGGUCGAGUGUAAAGGGUUUCCAUCUCAAAACAUCGGAAUCGCUGGCUUUGCCGAUUUAUGAGAAGAGUAAUUGGCCUCAAAAGAAGCUGGGUGAUGAUGACAAUGAUAACGAUGAGGAUAGUGUAGAAGAAGAAAGAGUGGAGGAUGAAAAACAUAGAAAGACAAAGAGGAGGGCUGAGGGAGCUACCGGGAAGAGAGCAAGGGAUGAGAGUGAGUCGGGUGGUGGAGAGGUCAGAAAGAUCAAAAAGAAGAUUUUGGGAUAUGGCGCUGGCAGAUAAAUGUCUCUUGAAAGAAAAAUUUCUUUCAGUAAAUUUGGGUUGCAAUUCAUUUGGGAGAGGUUAAGAGAAGGCGUUCCACUUGUGCUCAUCUUCUGCAGAACUCCUACAAGAAUUCCAACAAAUUGGUAUCAGAGCCUGGUGGAAGUGAUCUCAAGGUGGAAGAAGGUUAUUAUUCAAAAAGGGAAGAAGAGGAGAUGAUUUGAAGCGGAUCGCACGGGCAAUGUUGCACAAGGAGAUCUCGUUUUUGUAGUCUGUGUCCGCGUGCAGAGAAGAGGCCGAAGCAGAUCACAUAGAGGCGGAUCACGGACGCAGGCUUGAGGGAUCAAGCCAACAGAGUGCCUAGGUUAGACGCACGGGUCACGGGAGCACGGGGAAGGGCUGCGUGUGGAGUUGGUGCUGGUCACAUGAGGCGGAGCAAAGUGUGCGUGAGACAAGAACCUGCAUUCUUUCCUCCUUUUCCAUAACUCCGAUCCUCACCCCCGAGCACCUGGGUUUAAAGUAAUAAAGGCUAGAUAUAGCCCACAAGCACGUGUAACAACUAAAUGUGGGUAUUGUUAGUACUCCCAAAUAGUGUUGGUGAGCUAGAUAUAGCCCACAAGCAUGUAUUUAACGGACGCUUGUGGUUGCCCCAAUUCUUCAAUUAAAUCCUAAUACUUAGUUCA